AGAUUCAUCUUCCUGUUUCUUCUUCUCCAAUACAUAAAUACAACUAUAUAUUUUCCUUUUUACUUUAUGACUGAUAAAAAACUAAACAUACCAUCAAUCAAUUUCCUUAAUAAAUCGUGUGUUUUCGUCUGACAAACAAACAAACAAACAAACAUGUUGAUCAGAAUCAGAAGCAGAGACGGAUUAGAGCGAUUACAAAUCGACAAUCCAAACAUAACAAUCGCCCAACUCAAAACCCUAAUCGAAUCCCAACUCAAUGUCCCAACUCACAACCAAUUCUUAUCAACAAACCAAUCCUUACUUCUCGCCAAAACCUCAACCGAUAUUUCAACCUUCACCGACAUGUCAAACCCACAAACCCUAAUCACAUCACUCGGAAUCGGGCACGGGUCAAUCGUUUACUUAUCGUACGAAGGCGAACGCGUCAUUAAAGGGCCCAAAAUCCAUCCUGCAGGUUUCGAAGGACGAAAAAUGACAAUGGAUGAUUUAAUAGCGAAACAAAUGAGGAUUACUAGACAAGAAAACCCACAUUGUGAAAUGGUGUCGUUUGAUCGCGAUACCGCGAACGGGUUUCAGCAUUAUGUGAACGAAAGUCUUGCUUUCGCGGUUAAAAGGGGUGGGUUUAUGUAUGGAAAUGUGUCGGAUGAAGGAAAAGUUGAAGUCGAUUUUAUUUACGAGCCGCCUCAGCAAGGGAAUGAGGAUAGUUUGGUUUUUAUAAGGGAUUUUGAAGAGGAGAAGUUAGUUGAGGCGAUUGCGUUAGGUUUAGGAAUGAGGAAAGUCGGGUUUAUAUUUACGCAGACGGUUUUGCAGACAAAUAAGAAGGAAUAUACGUUGUCGAAUAAGGAGAUUUUGCAGGCUGCAGAGUUUCAAGGGGAAAGUGAUUUGAAAGAAUGGGUUACUGUAAUGGUGAAGUUGGAAGUGAAUGAAGAGGGUGGUGCUGAUGUUCAUUUUGAAGCAUUUCAAAUGAGCGAUUUAUGUGUUAAGUUGUUUAAAGAUGGGUGGUUUGUGACUGAGAUUGGUGAAGGUGAUGACCCGAAGCUGUCGAAAAUGAAUAAGGAUGUUGUUGUUGGUGGGAAGGAUACUAGGGAAGUUGAUAAUGAUUUUUUCUUGGUUGUUGUUAAGAUCUUUGAUCAUCAGGGUCCCUUGUCAUCAACAUUUCCAGUUGAGAAUCGAAACACAGUGAUUACCAUGAGAACCUUAAAAAAUCAUCUGGAUCGUACAAAGAAUCUCCCAUUUGUGAAGCGAAUUUCUGACUUCCAUCUACUACUUCUUCUAGCCAGGAGUCUUGAUGUCAAUACAGAUGUCCCAGCAUUAGCCGGGUGUGUCCAUGCACAAGCAACCAUUCCUGAAGGUUACCAGCUCAUAAUUGAGUCCAUGGCAGCAACAGCUUGAAGAUCGUUUUCCUAGUUACCACUCUGUGCAGCAUCUUGAUGUUCUUUCAGCUGAUCAGAGUUGGUUUUUAUAACAUGUCGAUGGUUUGGUUGAAGGGCUUGAUGAACCUCAUAUGGGCUGGCUUAACCAUAAUCAUUUAUGCACAUUCUUUCUAUGUUCCAUGUUUAUAUGGAUUCCUAUGUAUUUAUGGUCGACUUGUACUCUUGCUCGUUGAAUCUGUUUUUUUCUCCCAGCAAUAGAUGUUUGUUUUGGUUUUCAUUUAA